AUGGAUAACAAGAAGACUAGCGUUAAGGUUCACAACCCUCCUGGCGGUGCUUCCAAUUUCACAAUCGGAGGUGGAUAUGAGUAAGAAGCUCCUAAGAAGACUGUCACUCACAACUCAAACUAAGAAUCAACUGAAGUUAAUGAUCCUUCUAAGACCUCUGUCAAGGUUCAUUAAUAGCCUGGCGGUAAUUCCAACUUCACUUUGGGUGGAGGUUACGAUUAACCUGUAAAGACAUCUGUUAGAGUACACCAAUAAGCUACUUCAAACAUUUUCGGAGGAUAUGAAGAAUAACCAAAACCUUAAAAGCAAUUGAACUAACAUCAAUAGACAAGCAAUAUUUUUGGAGGUAAUGAAUAACAACCUGUUCAAUAAAGAGGUGGCAGAGCUUAAGUUGCUGGAUAAAACUAAAAUAACUCUCAUAACAAUAUCUUUGGUGGUUAUGAAGAACCUGUCAAGAAGCCUGUUUAACAAUAAUAGCAAUAGUAAGCAAGCUAAUAGACCCAAUAGUAGGAUGCUAAGACAUCAGUAAAGGUUCACAAUCCUCCUGGUGGCAAAUCUAACUUCACUUUGGGUUGA